AUGAGUUCUUCUACUACAACAGCCGCUGCCGCAACACAGCAACAAGGUCAAGAUUGGAAAUCUACUUUAAACAUUCCAAAGAAAGAUACCAGACCACAAACUGAUGAUGUCUUGAAUACAAAGGGGAACACUUUUGAAGAUUUUUACUUGAAGAGAGAAUUAUUAAUGGGUAUCUUCGAAGCAGGUUUUGAAAAACCUUCUCCAAUUCAGGAAGAAUCCAUCCCAAUUGCCAUCACAGGAAGAGAUAUAUUGGCUAGAGCCAAAAAUGGUACAGGUAAAACUGCAGCCUUUGUCAUCCCAACUUUAGAAAAAAUUAAACCAAAAUUAAAUAAAAUUCAAGCUUUGAUUAUGGUCCCCACUAGAGAAUUAGCAUUACAAACUUCUCAAGUCGUAAGAACUUUGGGGAAACAUUGUGGAAUCUCCUGUAUGGUUACCACGGGUGGGACUAAUUUAAGAGAUGAUAUAUUAAGAUUAAAUGAAUCUGUUCAUGUAUUAGUUGGGACUCCCGGUAGAGUCCUUGAUUUAGCCUCUAGGAAAGUUGCCGAUUUAUCAGAUUGUCAAUUGUUUAUUAUGGAUGAAGCUGAUAAAAUGUUAUCUCGUGAUUUUAAAACAAUUAUUGAACAAAUUUUAAUUUUCUUACCAAAGAAACAUCAAUCUUUAUUAUUUAGUGCAACUUUCCCCCUAACUGUGAAAGAAUUUAUGGUUAAGCAUUUAACUAAUCCAUAUGAAAUUAAUUUAAUGGAUGAAUUGACUUUAAAAGGUAUUACUCAAUAUUAUGCCUUUGUUGAAGAAAGACAAAAAUUGCAUUGUUUAAAUACUUUAUUUUCUAAAUUACAAAUUAACCAAGCCAUUAUCUUUUGUAAUUCCACAAAUCGUGUGGAAUUAUUAGCCAAAAAGAUUACAGAUUUAGGUUAUUCAUGUUAUUAUUCUCAUGCCAGAAUGAAACAACAAGAAAGAAAUCGUGUAUUCCAUGAAUUCCGUCAAGGUAAAGUUCGUACUUUAGUUUGUUCUGAUCUAUUAACAAGAGGUAUUGAUAUUCAAGCUGUUAAUGUUGUUAUAAACUUUGAUUUUCCAAAGACUUCUGAGACUUAUCUACAUCGUAUUGGUAGAUCAGGUAGAUUUGGUCAUUUAGGUUUAGCAAUUAAUUUAAUUAAUUGGAAUGAUCGUUUCAAUUUAUACAAGAUUGAACAAGAAUUAGGAACUGAAAUUGCUGCCAUUCCAGCAACUAUUGAUAAAUCAUUAUAUGUCGCAGAAAAUGAGGCAAAUGUGCCAAUUCCAUUCCCAAUAGAACAACAACAUUUUUCAAAUAAUAAUGGUGCCCCAAUGGAUCCAAAUUUUGUACCACCUCCUCAACAACAAAAUCCACAAUUUGCUCCACAGCCUCUACAGAAUCAGCAACAAUUCAUACCUCCUCAACACCCACAAUAUUCCCAACAACAACAACAACAAAUGCCACAAAUACCACAACAACAAUAUGCUCAACAACAACAACAACAACAAUAUAACAACAACGUUCAGCAACCUCAAUUCUAA